AUGGCCCUACAAAAAAAAGAUCAAGAUAUUGUUAGUGCAAUGAAACUUGUUGAUUUCACAAAGAGGCAAUUGCAAACAAUGAGAGAAUCUAAAUGGAAUUCUUUGAUAGAAGAUGUCUCUUCGUUUUGUGAUAAGAAUGGUAUUGUAAUCCCAAAAAUGGGUGAGAAAGGUUUUUGUGCUGCUAUUGAUUUGCAACUUUCGGAGCUUAACAGUCGUUUUAGUGAAGUGAAUACUUCUCCGCUUCUCGGUAUGGUUAGUUUGAGUCCCGAUGAUUCUUUUGCAAAUUAUGAUAAAAACAAGAUUAUGAAACUUGCUACAUAUUAUCCAAAUGAGUUCACUGCUUCUAAGCUUGAAGAUCUUAGUUAUGAGCUUGACAACUAUAUUGACUAUGUGCGAGAAAUGGACAAUGCAUUCUCUAACUUGAUAAGGCUUGGUGAUCUGUCGAAGACAUUGGCUAAUUAUCUCAUCUACGUGGUUCGCAUACAGAACACUCGGACAUCUCAGGUAUCCGGAACUGUUGGAAAAGAAUCAAAACCAAUAUCUACUGAGCUUGCUUCUGCAAUAAAUGAUGGCCUCUACUUCUAUGAGCAGGAGCUUAAAGCUACGCGAUCCAGUUGUAGAUCUAACAACUCCAUUUAUGGCUCUAGAGAUGAGAUUACGAGGUCUUCUGGUACAGCUGCUGCUUUAUCAAAAUCAAAGAAUGCUGAUCAUUCUUCUGGAGGAAAAAACAGUGAAGGCACUGGAAAUUCUAAUUCUCGAAGGAAGCAAAACAAAGGAUUUACUAAACCGCAUCCAAUACAUAAGCAGCGGCUGUUUUCAGGAAAUUACCGAAAUCAUGGGAUUUCUCGGAACAGUGUAGGAACAAUAUCUGAAAGUCCACCUAGCGAUUCAGUUGGGUUUUUCUUUGGUUCUACACCUCCUGACAGUCAUGUGUCAAGGCCUUCAAAGUUGAGUGCCUCCCCGCAUAGCAAUUUUGCUAGUAGUAGUCCGCCUGUGGGUUCCAUGCCGAAACCAUUUCCACCUUUCCAGCAUCCAAGUCAUAAGCUUCUACAAGAAAAUGGUUUUACACAACAACUGUACAAGAAGUAUCAUAAGCGCUGUCUGAGUAAUCGCAAGAAACUUGGAAUUGGUUGCAGUGAGGAAAUGAAUACACUGUACAGGUUUUGGUCGUAUUUUCUGCGAAACAUGUUUAUUCAUUCUAUGUACAAUGAGUUCCAAAAGUUGGCUCAAGAAGAUGCUGCUGCUAAUUACAACUAUGGGAUGGAGUGUCUGUUUAGAUUUUAUAGUUAUGGUUUGGAAAAGGAAUUUAGAGAGGAUCUUUAUGAGGAUUUCGAGAGAUUGACGCUUGACUUUUACAAUAAAGGAAAUCUUUAUGGCCUUGAAAAGUACUGGUAAUUACCUUCACCUUGUUUGAAAAUCCUCAUUUCAGUCCCCUUUUCUCCCGCAUGCUUUCUUAGUGACCCCCAUGAGACUGAAAAGAACUGGGAACCGAUAAUGAACUUGAAAUCAACGUCUGUACCAAUUGAGCCCUUGAACACUUUC